AUGCCCGACAAGAAGAAAAGCAAAAAGUCCUCCUCCGGCGGCGGCGCCGGCGGAGAUGCCCCGGUUAUCACCGACCCCCGCUUCGCCAACAUCCAGAACGACCCGCGGUACCGCCUCCCCAGCAAACGGCACACGCACGUGAAGCUCGACAAGCGGUUUGCGCACAUGCUGCGCGACAAGGACUUCUCGCGCAACGCGGCGGUGGAUCGGUACGGGCGGAAAUUGGCCCGGGAUGAUACGAAGAAGCAGCUGGAGCGGUUCUAUCGGUUGGAGGAUGACGAAGAUGAUGCCAGUGAAGGGGAAGAGGUGGAGGGCAGUGUGGCGGAUGAUGAGGAGGUGUUGGCGGAGUUGCGGCGGGCGGAGAAGUAUGAUCCCGCUCGCGAUGGGGGGUUCGAGUCUUCGUCUUCGGAGGAGGAGAGUUCGGAUGAUGAGGAUGAUACCGAAGAUGAGGGUGAGGGUGAGGGUGAUGGUGAACAGCUUGGGGGUGAGGAGUUGGAGUUCCCGGAUAAGCAGCAGCGCGAUGUCCCGACUGGGGAGGUCACGGACCGCAUUGCGGUGGUUAAUCUUGAUUGGGACAAUAUCCGCGCCGAGGAUUUGAUGGCUGUGUUUUCGAGCUUCGUGCCUGCUGGUGGUCGCGUGUUGAAGGUCUCGGUCUAUCCGAGGGGGGAUGGUGAUGAUGAUGGCGAAGAUUUUGAGGGGUUCGAUGAUGACGAGGAGGAGGAGUUGGAUUCGGAUGAGGAGGAGGAGAAGAUCAAGAAGUCCAUGCUCAAGGAGGAUAAGGGCGAGGAGUUCAACUCCACCAAGCUCCGCAAGUACCAGCUCGAGCGUCUACGCUACUUCUACGCUAUCUUGACCUUCUCCUCCAAGGAGGUCGCCAAGCAUGUCUACGACCUCGUCGAUGGCGCCGAGUAUCUGUCUAGUGCCAACUUCUUCGACCUCCGCUUCGUGCCGGACGAGACCGACUUCGACGACGACAGACCCCGCGACGAGUGCAAGCGCAUCCCCGACGGUUACCAGCCCAACGAGUUCGUCACCGACGCCCUGCAGCACAGUAAGGUCAAGUUGACCUGGGAUAUGGAGGACAAGUCGCGCAAGGAGGCCCAGGCCCGCGCCUUCCGUGGCAGCCGCAAGGAUAUCGAUGAGAACGAUCUGAAGGCCUAUCUCGCGAGCGACAGCUCGGAUGAUGAGGAGGAGGACGGCGGAGUGGAAGUCAUGGAUGCUACGCAGGGCGAGGGGUCGAGCACAAACAUCUCCAAGAAGGAGGAAGAGAGACAGCGCAUGCGCGCGCUGUUAGGGCUGAGUGCCGAGCCUACUAAAUCCUCCAAGUCCGACGGACCCGUGGGUGAGAUGGAAGUGACUUUCACCUCCGGACUUGCGGGCGAGCCCACCCGCGACAGCAUCUUUGAGAACGAACCUCAGAUUGAGGAGACUACGAUCGAGCGGUACAUUCGCAAGGAACGCGAGAGAAAGAAGCGCAGAAAGGAGAAGCUCAAGGCUACCAAGCAGGGCGGCGAUGGCGACGCGAGUGAUGUGGAGCAGAACGAUGCCAAGCCGACCGCCGAGGAACAGCCCCCGCAGGAAGACCUGGGCUUCGAUGACCCCUUCUUCGAAGACCCUGAUGGAAAGGCUACCGCCGCUGCUCGUCGCAAGGAGGAGAAGCGCAAGAAGCGGGAAGAGCGUGCGGCCGCGGAGGCCGCCGCCGCGGCUAAGCGCGCUGAGCUGGAGCUGCUCAUGGUUGACGACAACAACAACAAGGGUAUCAAGCACUUUGAUAUGACUGAGAUCGAGAAGGCCGAGAAGCAGGCUCGUAAGAAGGGCAAGAAGGGCAAGGGCAAGGCUAAGCAGGUGGAGCCCGUGGUGGAUGACUUCAAGAUGGAGGUCAACGAUCCUCGUUUCUCCCGACUCUUUGAGAGCCACGAGUUCGCCAUCGAUCCUACCAACCCCAAGUUCAAGCCCACUUCCGGUAUGAAGGCGCUGCUGGAGGAGGGUCGCAAGCGUCGCCGCGAUCGGGACGACCACGCGGAGGAGGCGCCCAGCAACCAGGAUCGGACAAAGAAGCAGAAGAAGCAGGCUUCGAAAGACGCGGGGUCGGAUGAUCUGAAGAAGCUGGUGGACAAGGUGAAGCGUAAGACGCAGCGCUGA